CCAAUCUCUUUCUUGAUAUAUACCCACUCCUCACUACAUUUCUAGGGUUAGGGUUUUGCUUUCGCCUUCAGUACACCUGCUUGGUCGUCCUCGCACUCCAAUCUCACCUCUCGAGCCCUAGUCUCAGUCGAAGACCUUCUCUUUCAGAAGCCAUGGGGAAGACACGUGGUAUGGGAGCUGGUCGCAAACUGAAGUCCCAUCGCAGAAGGCAAAGGUGGGCUGACAAGGCAUAUAAGAAGUCUCAUCUUGGCAAUGAAUGGAAGAAGCCUUUUGCUGGGUCUUCCCAUGCCAAAGGCAUUGUCCUUGAGAAGAUUGGUAUUGAGGCUAAGCAGCCAAACUCCGCUAUCCGAAAAUGUGCUAGGGUUCAACUGAUUAAAAAUGGGAAGAAGAUUGCAGCAUUUGUCCCAAAUGACGGUUGCUUAAACUACAUUGAAGAGAAUGAUGAGGUGUUGAUUGCUGGAUUUGGACGGAAGGGGCAUGCUGUUGGAGACAUUCCUGGUGUCAGAUUCAAGGUCGUGAAGGUAUCUGGUGUCUCCCUUCUGGCUCUCUUCAAGGAGAAGAAAGAGAAGCCAAGGUCUUAGUUUUGUGCACGGAGAUUGUCUAUUUCUGUCUUUUGGUAGUUUUGUUGGAAGUAUUGGAAUGGUACUCUAGAUUGUUUGAGCAGGAUUUUGUUUACAAAACUUAUUAUCAAUUUUCCAGUUAUUGUAUUGGCAUUACAUUUUUACCUUCAAUUAUUAUCCCCCACAACUCUUCUAUAUUACUCUACCUC